UAAGAAGAUGAAAGCCAGCCCCAUCCGCAUUCCAACUGUCAGCAAUGACACCGACUGGGACUUCUGCUUCCACCUGUCCCAGCAAGCCAAGAUCCCAGCAUACCAGCAAAGAGACGAAUUGUGUUCCUCUAGCGGGUCUGGAGAGAGUGAAGAAGACACUACAGCCAAGGAGAACACCAUAGGCUGCAUGUCUCUUCCUAAAGAGAAAUUAGCCCAAUCCCAGAAGAAAAUAGCUCAGCUGAUUAAGAAAAAGAUGAAUACCCAAGCAAACAAGGAGCUGAUACGCUGUGUCAUCCUUUCUCGGAUUAUUUUUGGGGAAGAACACUGGAAAUGUGCACAGGCCGUGGCCAGCCUGGCUUAUGGCUACCUGACACUGAGAGGCCUCCCAGCUCAGGCCAAGAAACACGCUGAGUCCGCCAAGAACACGCUGCUGACCUGGAAGGACAGCACGACCUCAAACAAGGAGAAGAAGGAGAUCCUGGACGCUCUGGUCAUGCUGUACUACACCCUGGGGGUGGCCUGGCUCCUGCAGAACCGUGGCAGAGAGGCUUAUCUCAACCUGCAGAAGGCAGAGAGAAACAUGGAGGAGCUGAAAGAAUUAUUUAAGGGAGGUGUUCGCAAAUCCCAAGUCUCGGAGAAAGACCUGACCAUUGCUUUGGGCAGGGCCUCCUUGGCCAUCCACAGAUUGAACCUCGCUCUGGCAUACUUUGAAAAGGCAAUUGGCAAUGUUAUUGCUGCUGAGGGUGAUAGGACAUUGGAUCUGGUCAGUCUAUAUGAGGAAAUCGCUCAGAUUGAGCAGCUGAGGAGGAAUCAUGAUCGGGCCAUCCAGUACUUGCAGCAGGCCUAUUCUAUCUGUGUUUCUCUGUUCACUGAAGCCAGCCCCCAAACUGCAGAGGCCAGUGCAUUACUAGCCAAGGCUCACGCCAUGUCUGGAGAGGCCCAACACAGGGAUGCUGUUGAGAUAUAUUUUAUAAAGAGUAUCAAUGCCUAUCAAACAACAUUGGGCCCAACAGAUUAUGAAACACUGACAACCAUUGAAGAAUUCUGCAAAUGGCUUGUCCAGAAUGGGGAAAAACAGGAGGCUUAUAGACUGCUAAAGGCUGCACUGAAGUCUCAGGUCAUCAGCUAUGGUGACUGUAGUGAAAAGGUGGCCGAAACUUUUUACAACAUGGGCAGGAUCUGCUUUGCCAAAGGACAGCUCAGAAAGGCGAUUCAGCUGUUAAGGAAGUGUCUGAUGAUUCAAAUCCUCUUAUAUGGAAGUGAGCACAGUAAAAGCAGAGACACAAGAGACCUCCUUACCCUAUUGCAGAGGACGAGUAACAGUUCAUCCAGGUGGAGAAGAGAAACCAUUCCAGGAAGAAGGAACUGUAUAUGCAAAGGCCCUGAGGCAUGACAGAGGACAGUGUAUGGAAGCAGUGGUCUUCUGUUACCAUUAAGAGAAAAACCUCUAUACUAAGAUAGCCAACAAUAAAGCCAACCUGUUGAU